AUGGUAGGUUUGGAGUUAAGCUCACCAAAAUUGGGACAUUCUUUGGAAGUUGCAUUUGAAAGGUAUGGGACUGUGGAAAGAAAAUUGGGGAAGGAUAGGGAACUGCAGGUGUUGUUUAAUGCUUUCAUGCAGGAAUACCUUGACUUGGGGCAUAUAAGUAAGGUUGCUGAUUUACAAAGUCUAUUGUCAAGGGAAGGGCCUAAUAUUUACUAUCUGCCGCAUCAUUCAAUGAUUAAACAGACUUCCUUGGUAUUCGAUGCCAGCUGUUCCACAAACAACGGUGUUUCCUUGAACAGUGUUUUACUAAAUGGGCCCAAAUUACAAGAUGACAUAUUUGACAUAGGCACUUCUUCGUUGCUAUUGUGA